AUGUCUUAUCAAGACUUGUCUCACAGUGACAAGAAUUAUGUUGGAAGUCAUAUAUGUGCAAGCUUUAGACGCAGCAACUCCAACUCCGAAAGAGAUGAGAGGCCGAUGUGUGUAGAAGGUUCUGCUCAAGCCAAGCCAAGUACUGUCAACAAAUUCGAAUCGUAG